AUGAAAUGUAAUAAAUGUUUAUCGCCCACAGAGAGCGAGCAGGGAAUCCACGAGCGACGUCUACUGAACUACCUGUUUCAGAACGGCACCUACAACACCAUGGAGAGACCCGUGGAGAACGAGUCGGACGCCCUAGAUGUCGCAUUCGGCAUCAUCCUUCAGCAGAUCAUUGAUGUGGAUGAGAAGAACCAAAUAAUAAAUACAAAUUUAUGGUUGCAGUUGACGUGGACGGACGUAAAUAUGGUGUGGGACCCCAGUGAGUUUGGCAACGUGAGCAGUGUACGGGUGCGCGCAAACAUGGUGUGGAAACCCGAUAUUCUCAUGUACAACAGUGCAGACGACGCGUACGACAGCACAUAUCACACGAACGUCAUCGCGUCGUCCACCGGCAAGAUGCUGUGGGUGCCGCCGGGCAUGUUCAAGAGCACGUGCCUCAUAGACAUCAAGUGGUUUCCCUUCGACGACCAGAAAUGCGAACUCAAAUUCGGCUCCUGGACCCACGACGGGCGACUUCUGAACCUGACCGCGGAUAAGGAGUCAGGGGGAGACACGUCCAGCUUUAUCCGGAACGGCGAAUGGGAACUUUUAGGUCUUCCAGUGAAGAGAAACAUCCUCGCAUAUGAAUGCUGUCCCGAGUUUUACAUCGACCUCACCUUUACGAUCCACAUACGACGUCGUACGUUGUACUACGGCUUCAACAUCAUCAUCCCAUGCGUUCUCAUAUCAUCCAUGUCUCUGCUGCUUUUUAUACUGCCGCCGGAUGCCGGUGAAAAAAUCUCACUAGGUACGACUAUUCUUCUGUCCAUGAUGGUGUUCUUGUUACAAGUGUCCGAACUGAUGCCGUCCACGUCAGACGCCACGCCGCUUAUUGGUGUGACAAUUCUGCUAUCUUUGAUGGUAUUCCUGCUCCUCGUAGCAGAAACCAUGCCUCCCACCUCGGACGCCCUGCCUCUUAUUGGUAUAUACUUCGCGUGCAUCAUGAUCAUGUGUUCACUUUCCGUGCUGUUCACGGUUAUUGUACUCAACUUGCACUACAGGACUCCAGACACGCACAUUAUGCCAAGCUGGAUCAAGGUUGUGAUAUGCCACUGGUUGGCCGCCGUACUCUUCAUGAAGCGUCCGGGAGGAAACCACAAAUAUUCCUUGCGUCUGUCUCGUCUGGCAGACAUGAGCUUGGAGGAGAAGUCCAAGAGUCUUAUGGCGAACGUUCUGGAUAUGGACGACGACAUCUGCAUCGUCCAGCAGAACGGGAUUCCGCCGAAACCGGAGGAGUCGAUCACGCAGGGCAUCGUGCUGCAUUCCGUGAGGCAGGACAUCGUGUCGAUUCUCAAGGAAGUCAGGAAAAUAACCGCCAAGUUUCAGAAGGACGACGAACACACGAGCGUGAAGAACGACUGGAAGUUCGCAGCCAUGGUGAUCGACAGACUGUGUUUUAUUCUGUGUGUGUCUUUCACGGUCGCCUCCACCGCCGGCGUGUUGGGAUCUGCGCCGCAUCUAAUCGCUUAGCAUCUUCUUGUAUUGUUGCUGCAAGAUUUUGUUAAUUACAUAAUAUAUUUAUUGUGAAAUCAUUUAUCUUCGUGGGCUUCGUGGGCUUCUGUUGUUGUGGUUUUGGUAAAACAAAAACCCAAAACAUUUCGUUCGGUACGAACAUUCGUGGAUGAAAAGAGUAGUAUCACAAAUUCGUUCGAUAUAUAUAUGUAUGUAUGUUAUAUUUUCGUUGUGUUUUU